AUGGUAUGGACACUUCUUCUUUUUAUUUGCUCGUUGUCCCUAUCAAAUGCAGGAACCCGCAAAAUAAGUGAUGUUUACUUACUAUUACCACAAACGCUUCAUGCUCCAAACGCUAGACAUGUCCAUUACAAAAUCCAAGCUUACGAAGGAUGUUAUCGCUGGAGCACGGCCAAUCCAAAAGUAGUCGCCCUUACAGAAAUUCCUGGUGGAAUAUUACCAAUGAACUCAGAAGGUUCAGAUACAAACCUUAUGCGAGAUUCUUAUGGGAAAAAUUGCUACCCAGAAUCAGUGUUAGAACCUGUGGCUACUGUAGAUCGCCCGCCAGUCACUCUCGUUACUGCAGCUGAUCAAUGUAAGAUUUUAUAUAGUAAAUAAUGGCCAGAUCCUCAAAUGUGAGGUCAAGGUAGAAAAAAUUGUUCGCUUACCCGUCCAGGUUAAUAAUAAACAUAAGAUCGUGAAUAUUAAAAUUCAUAUUUAGCCUAUCUGCUUUAAUUUUAGGAUAUAAAUAUAUUAGGAAAAAACCCCAAAUUUUUUAUGAUAUAAUUUAUUUAAAUAAUAUUCAAAUCAUUUUUAAAGCAAUAAAAUAAAUUUGCUUAAAUAGCUUGCUCAUUAUUAAUAGAAUAGUUAGAGAUUUUGACCACAGUCAAAAGUUUCAGAGUCCAAGAUCAUCAGCGACUAUUAGCACAAGCCUAUGAUGCCGAAGGCAACGUGUUCUCCAGCUUAGAAGGGCUUCGCUUCAGAUGGCAGAUAGUCUCAGGCUCUGACGCUAUGGGAAUUCCACGGCUUAAAGACUCUUUAGUCACUUCAAGCGAAGUCAGACGCGAAAUCGAGAACUCAAACUACCAAAGUGACAUCAUUCUUGUCGAAGGCAAGUCUACUGGCAUUGCAAACAUCACCCUCAAGAUUGAGGAGCCUGGCUACGAAGACAUCCCAGUGGCUUGGACCAUUAUUUCUAUCUCUGAGCCAUUCACAAUAAUCCCUUCAACUGAAAUCAUCGUCCCAGUCAGAUCAUUUGUUAAAUACAGAAUUUUCAAGGUGUUCGAAGGGAAACUCUACAAAGAAAUCGACCUGCCAAGCAAAGAAUUCAAGUGGUCGACGCCUUUUGCUAAGCUUUUAGAAGUAAAAGACUCAGGCGAGCUUUUCACAUUAGACGAAAAAGGGAUUGGACAUAUAGUGGUUCACGACACCAAAAUAGAAAGCAACACCCUUCAAUGCGAAGUCAACGUGGUAGCCCCUGACAGGAUGGUUAUCAUUGUAGAGCCUUAUAAAGCUGAAAGCCCACCUAAACGAAGCUACAAUGCAGAAGAAUUUUUAGAGCUUUCUAACCCUAAAGAGUCUCCAAAAUCUAACUGGAAUUUAAUUUCAGGUCAAACUUAUUCAUUAAAAAUCAAGCUUUUUUGGAGGAAUAAAGAAAUUUUGAUACCAGAAAACGCGAAUUUCAAGGUCACUUUUCAGCAGCCGGAAUUUUGGGAUGUUACUUCAAAAUCUCAGAAUGGGGACCAUUUGGUGGUGAUACCUAAGCUAGCCCCAGACUAUGUGAAUAAUAUUUUGCCUACCAAAAUCUAUGGGAAGCUGGAAGUAGUUAAAAGCAGAAAUUCCAAGCUUCAAGACUGGAUCCCAGACCCAGCUAUUACUGAUACAGAAGAUGUGACAAUUUUGAAGCCUGUCAAAAUUAUUGAAGAAAGAAGACCUGUCUUGCUUCCUUAUUUCGCAGUCCUUACCCAAGCACCAGACAGAAAAGGACAUCUCGCACAAGAAUAUAAGCUAAAAGUCCAAGGUGGCUCUCCUUCUUUACAAUGGGAAACCAGCGACUCCUCAGUUGCCUCAGUCACUCCAAAUGGCAUUGUGUAUGCCCACAGACUAGGAAAUACUAUUAUAUCAGUAAUAGACGCCAGCAAUAAUAAUAACAGAGACUCUAUCUCAAUAGAAGUCGCAAUGGUCGAAAAAUUGAUUUUUAAAGACGACAGAAAAGAAAUCAUAAAAGACCACUCUGAGGUCUCUGAAAUUGUAGGACUCGCCUCACAGAGCCGAAAAUUCCAUAACUGCUCAUCAAUUUACUUAGACUGGGAAGUCAGAAAAGGCCAAGAUAUAGUAAAAGUACUUGAAAAAGGCACAGUCACAGAAAAUAAAAGAUUUGAUGGAGUUUGUGAAGUAAGAGGACUAGGCGGGGCAAGUGAAGGCCAAGCGCUAUUAAGUGUAAAAUUGAUACAUCAAGCAACCGAAAUCAGCUCAAAACAGCCAGAAAUAAGGCUUAGCUCAGAAGAAGGGAGAAUUGGAGUUUUCCUUCCAUUGUCAUUAGGAAUUCAAGAAAAAGUGGAGGUUUCUGGGAAUAAUAUUACAAGGACGUUUAUUUAUGAAAAAAAUGCCAUUGUGCUGACACCUGGGUCGAGUGCAGCAAUUCCACUUGUAGGAGGUCCUUUGCCAUGGGACGAUUUCCCACAAUAUUUCCAUGAGCAAGCAACUGAUGAGCAGCGAUAUCUAAAUAUUCAAAUCCAAAGCAAAAAGCUGCCUAGAGACAGAAGAACAUUAUACGUAGCCUGUCCUGCAGGAGUAAAAAACAAAGAUUUCUCAGUCCAAAUAUCAGUUUACAAUGAAAAAUUUGAAGAACUAAGAGCUCCUGGUCUCUCCACACUAAGCUUAGCAAUUGGCUGCUACCUACCUAACGCUAUGACCCUGAAUUGGCUUAAUGACAAAGACUACCUUUCAGACCUAAAAUGGAAAGCUCUGCCUACUUACUAUGACAGAUUCAAUAGAAAGCUUCCUUCAGCCUUCUCUGAAGGCUACUGGGUGAUCCUUCACAACCAAGAACUUAAAGUAAACCUAACUCUCUGGGACAAUAAAUCCCGCCUGUUCUACAACUUCUCAAGCUCCAAUUUAGAAUGGAGUUCUGACAAGCCAGAACUGAUUUCUUACCUUAACUACGAAAACCCAAUCCACCAAAAAGCUACUUUAAUUGGUAUUGAUGAAGGCCCAGUCACUUUAGAAGCAAGGAUAAAUAAACUGCAAGACGGGACUGUUCUUUAUCCAUCAGUCUCAGCAAACCUACACAAUGAAGUUGUGAAAAACGUCGAAAUCUCACCAAAUUCGUACUCUUUGUACCUCCACAAGCAAAAUGUGCUAGAGCUGUAUAUCAAUUAUGGCUCUGGACUAUUUGAAAUUUCUAGCAAUUCUUCUGAUAUUAUCCAAUACGCCUAUGACGGGUAUCGAAAAAUCUCAGUAUUCCCUAAGCGCUCAGGCAGGGUCAGUAUAAGAGUAGACGACAAAGGACUUCCAGGCUCCCUCCCUGCAUUUUCCAAUAUUCUUGUAUCAGGCUUAGCAGCAAUGGAGCUUAAAGAAGGCGGAUUAAUCCAAGUAAACUCCACAAUUGUGCUUCAGUUAACUGCUUUAGACUCAGAAGGCCGCCCAUUUAACUUAAACGAGCACAAAUGGAUGAAUUUAGAGCUCCAAUUUGGCUCAAGUGACGCAUUUAAAGUGAUCAGUGUUUCUGACAAUUUCUAUGAAUGGGUGCUCAAAGGAGUCGUUGUAGGGGAUUUCCAAGUCUACGCAUAUGGUAACAAAAUGAAGAUUGGUGACGAUACGUCUACACAAAGGAGUAAUAUUGUCCUUAUUGACGUAUUUCCACCGUUAGAGAUAAUCCCACCUGAUGUACUUUUAUUGCCUGGGUCAAAAUAUACAUUAAAUUACAGAGGUGGCCCUGACCCUUCAAAGUAUACAUUUUACCAAAUUUAUUUGAACUGGAUCAUGACUGACGAUAAAGUCGCUAUUAUUGACUCUACUACAGGUCUUUUAACCACGCUAAAAGUAGGAGAAACACCUAUUAAUUUACAAAUGCUGAGGAAACGAGAAGUCCUUACCCAAGCUUUUGGAAGAAUCAGAGUAAAACUUGCUACAAGUGUAGGGAUUUUAGGUAUGGGACCUGGAAGAUCAGUCUUAAAAGACAGCGCCACAAGGCUAGUAGCUGUAAUAUACCAUAAUGGCGAAACUUUUACAGAUGGGAACACCAAUAUUGACUAUACUUGGAAAAGCAACAGCCCAACUGUAUACUCUAUUUUCCAAGAAGGUGACGACAUCGGCAAACAAAUAGCAGUAACUGGCUUAGCCUUAGCAGGUGGUAAAAGUGAUAUCACCUUACACGUAGAAAUCCACUACCCUGCUGAGUACAAGGGAAAUGAACAUCUUUUUAACUCAAAAGUGACGGCCUCAGUCGACCAAAGCUUGAUCUCCCAAACUCCAUCUCACCGUUGUAUAUCUUAUUUAUCCUAUGACUGUCAAGAAGAGUUUUCUAGGUGGAUGGACUCAACCAUUUUCCUUAUGCCAAUCUAUUCUCAGUUUAAGCUGCCUUCUAAUAAAGAAGACAAAGCUACAUUUAGGUGCCUUGAGUGCAGAGAAGAGCUCAUAAAAGUAUCUGACCAAGGAGUAGUCACAGCUGGGUCACAGAAAGGAGAAGCCAGCAUUAUUAUCCACCAUGCCAGGGUUAAAGGCGAUUUUCACCCAGUCAAUAUUGCAGUCACUGAUAUUGAGUCCAUUUUGAUAGACAAAGCUUAUUUGUCAAGGUCAAUGGCACUUGGCUCUGAGCUAGAGUUUAGUGUGAUUUGUCAAGAUCUUAUGGCAAGGAGCUUCCCAGCUGGAUUUGAAUAUGGGGUCGAUAUUGGCUUAGAGGUGUCAAAUUCAAGGGUGGUGCAGGCAUCAUUAGAAAAUAGAAAUUCCACACUGAAAAUUAGGUCACAGUAUGUAGGAGAUACCCUUGUGAAGGUUUUCUUGAAUAGCAACCCAUUAGUGAAAGAUAUCAUUUUGGUAUCUGUAAGCUCAGUUAUGAGACCUGUCGCCCCUGUUUUGUUACAUUUAGGAGGAGAAGUGCAGUUCCAGACAACUCACUCGACACCUGCAGGAGUUGAAGGCAGCUGGAGUGUAGAAAAUCCUAACAUUGUGUCUGUUGACAGCCGCGGCUAUGUCAAAUCUUUACAAGAAGGAGAAACCUACAUCCACUACAAAGAAAAAAGCAUGGACCUCAAAAGCCUAGUCGUCGUCAGCAAGAUCAAAGCUAUAAAUCUCGCCCCUGGUGCUCCUUCCCACAUCACGAACUAUGAAAAGCACCCCCACUACCAAGAAAACUACAAAAUUCCUCUAAAACUCUAUCUAGACUCAGAAAAAACAAAAGAAUUAGCUCCUACAAGAGACGAAGACAAAAAAUUAAUAAAACAAAACAUCAGCAUGAGAUGUAUAACUCCCAGUCACUCUGAAUGGGUAACCGUUAGCAGUGCAGAAGACAAAACUAGCCGAUCUGAAGAGCCAAAUAGCUACUCUUGUAUUAUUACUCCUAUACAAAAUCCUGCAUCUAUUUCUAUCCCUCCAAAGGAAAUUGCAAUAAAAGUCAUUUUCAGUGCUAAAGAUAAAUCACUUUAUACUCAGGAAGCCACUGUAUAUCUUCCAUUUAUAUCAAAAUUUGUCAUCCCUACGUCAGAUAAACAAGUUAUCUUGUCAGGGAGGGUUACCAAACAUGUGGUACAAAUAGGUGGAAACUGCCAGACGAUACAGGCGAAUUCUGAUUUGUCGUUAAUUACUGUUCAAAAGUCAGAAGUCAGCGGAAAAUGCCAGCUGGAAAUUGGGAUUAUGGGUGCGGAUACUGAUAUGAGGCAAAGGAAAGUGGAGGUUAUUGAUAGUGUCACAGGGCAAAAAGAAGAUAUUUAUGUGACUUAUUAUGUGGAAGCUGGAAAAAUUGAUACUUCAGCGCCUUUUAGCUUGCAUGAUUUGCUAGUUAUAGUGGCUUUAGCAUUUUUAGUUUACAUUCUUUAUUAUUUCUUCAAGAGUUCGCCACCUGGACAUACACCGGUGAGGAUCCCACAAGCUCAGUCUGGAAUGCAUCAGCCAAGAGCUCCACAAGCACAUUUAUUCCCACAGCCUAUGAGGCAAACUCCAAAUAUAUCUGCAGGACCUGCUUCAUCACCUGGAUCAUCAGCUUAUAAACAAACAGCGUAUAGGCCAAACUAUUAG